GGGCGCGCGCGCCGCCGGCGGAUCCGCAGUUAAAAUGGUCCGAGCAAGACCCGGCCUUGCCCCUGCCGCCGCGUUGACUGACUGAGCCGGCAGGCCGAGCCCGGACUGGUCGCCUAGCCGGCAGGCUCGCUCGCUCGCUCCCUCCCUCGCAUCCCCAAAGCUCGCGCCCAUCGUUCUCCCGGCUUUCCUGGGCAAAGCAUGUAGCCCCCGUCGGGCACCCUGGCGGCCCGCAGCUGACGCCCCCCCCACCGUCGCGUGUGUGCCCGUGUGUGCGUGUGUGUGCGCAGGGCGGGCGACCCCGCCGCGGGCCAGAGGCCGAGCCAGCGAGCGGCCUGCCCCGCCGCCGGGAGCCCGCCUCUCUGGGCCUCCCUCCCUCCCGUCCUGGUCCCCCUCCUUGGGGCCUUCUAUAUGGGCCACCUUCUCUCGAAGGAGCCGCGUAACCGCCCGAGCCAGAAGAGGCCUCGCUGUUGCAGCUGGUGCCGCCGCCGGCGCCCUCUCCUCAGGCUGCCCCGCCGGACCCCGGCCAAGGCGCCACCUCAGCCGGCGGCGCCCCGGAGCCGGGACUGCUUCUUCCGCGGGCCCUGCAUGCUCUGCUUCAUCGUGCACAGCCCCGGCGCGCCCGCCCCCGCCGGCCCAGAGGAGGAGCCGCAGCUCUCGCCGCCGCCGCCGCCGCGGGACGGGGCCUACGCCGCCGCCUCCUCUCAGCACCUGGCGCGGCGCUACGCGGCCCUGGCCGCCGAGGACUGUGCCGCCGCCGCCCGCCGCUUCCUGCUGUCGUCGGCCGCCGCCGCCGCUGCCGCCGCCGCCUCGGCUUCGUCGCCCGCCUCCUGCUGCAAAGAGCUGGGGCUGGCCGCGGCCGCCGCCUGGGAGCAGCAGGGCCGAAGCCUCUUCCUGGCCAGCGUGGGGCCCGUGCGCUUCCUGGGGCCGCCCGCCGCUGUGCAGCUCUUCCGGGGGCCGCCGCCGCCGGCUGACCCCCCUACGCCCCCCGAAAUGGUGUGCAAGCGGAAGGGGGCCGGGGUCCCCGCCUGCACCCCCUGCAAGCAGCCCCGCUGCGGCGGCGGGGGCUGUGGCGGCGGCGGUGGGGGGGGAGCGCCUGCGGGAGGAGGCGCCUCACCGCCGCGGCCCCCCGACGCCGGCUGCUGCCAGGGCCCCGAGCAGCCACUCUGUCCCCCGCCCUCCUCUCCCACUUCCGAAGGUGCCCCCACCGAGGCCGGCGGGGACGCAGUCCGAGCCGGGGGCACCGCCCCCUCGUCCGCCCAGCAGCAGCCUGAAUGCGGCGACGCUGACUGUCAGGAGUCCCCUGAAAACCCCUGCGACUGUCACAGGGAGCUGCCCUCCGAAACCCCAGACAUCAACCAGCUGCCGCCGUCCAUCCUGCUCAAGAUAUUUUCCAAUUUGUCCCUGGAUGAGCGGUGCCUUUCUGCAUCACUGGUUUGCAAGUACUGGCGUGACCUUUGCUUAGAUUUCCAGUUUUGGAAGCAGCUGGAUCUUAGUAGUCGUCAGCAGGUCACUGAUGAAUUAUUGGAAAAAAUUGCAUCAAGAAGUCAGAAUAUAAUUGAAAUCAACAUUUCUGAUUGUCGCAGUAUGUCUGAUACUGGCGUAUGUGUUUUAGCAUUUAAGUGUCCUGGACUUCUUAGGUAUACAGCCUACAGGUGUAAACAACUUUCUGACACCUCUAUUAUUGCGGUUGCCUCUCACUGCCCUUUACUUCAGAAAGUACAUGUAGGCAACCAGGACAAACUUACUGAUGAAGGACUCAAACAGCUGGGCUCAAAAUGCAGAGAACUUAAAGAUAUUCAUUUCGGCCAAUGUUAUAAGAUCUCAGAUGAAGGCAUGAUCGUCAUAGCUAAGGGCUGUCUGAAAUUACAAAGAAUAUACAUGCAGGAAAACAAAUUAGUGACAGAUCAGUCGGUGAAAGCAUUUGCCGAGCACUGUCCUGAGCUUCAGUAUGUUGGCUUCAUGGGUUGUUCGGUCACUUCUAAAGGAGUGAUUCACCUAACCAAGCUAAGAAACCUUUCCAGCUUGGACCUACGUCAUAUCACUGAACUGGAUAAUGAAACCGUGAUGGAAAUUGUCAAGCGGUGCAAGAAUCUUAGCUCUCUCAAUCUCUGUCUGAACUGGAUCAUAAAUGACAGAUGUGUGGAGGUCAUUGCAAAGGAAGGACAAAACCUAAAAGAGCUGUAUUUGGUGUCCUGUAAAAUCACAGAUUAUGCCCUGAUAGCCAUUGGGCGAUACAGCAUGACAAUAGAGACCGUGGAUGUUGGAUGGUGUAAAGAAAUUACGGAUCAAGGAGCCACCCUGAUUGCACAGAGCAGCAAGUCUCUGAGAUAUUUGGGGCUGAUGAGAUGUGAUAAAGUCAACGAAGUGACAGUGGAACAGCUGGUGCAGCAGUACCCCCACAUCACCUUCAGCACCGUCCUGCAGGACUGCAAGAGGACCCUGGAGAGAGCCUACCAGAUGGGCUGGACCCCCAACAUGUCUGCCGCCUCCUCCUAACACUCCAGCCCGUGCUUAGGUCCGCUUGGAUCGUGCAGCAGGGUGGAGGGGAAUUGUAGAUUUGAGGUGGGCAGUCUCUUGGAAAGAGUUUACCUGUCACCUGUCUGCCUGUGUACCAGAGUGUGUAUAUUUGUGUCUUGUUUGCAUAUCUAUAUACCAUAAGUGCAGUUGUCAUUUCUUCCCAGGUGAGCUGGCUUUUUUCCUUAAAAAUUAAAGAUUAUAAAAGCCACAAACCAUUUAGCUUUUAAGUUCAAAGGCUUAUUUCUCUUAAGAAAGAAAAACUUUUUUUAGUAUAGAGUCAAAAAAUUGGACGUAUUAUUCUGAGCUUGCAAUUGCUGCCACUUAGAGAUGUCCAAAAAAGAAGGUCCUUUUUUUUCAUGGGAUGGAAUCGUGCACUUCUGCUGAUGACACUUCUGCUGGCGAUGACACUAAUUAGAAUGCUGGAAGCCAGUAGUUUCCAAAAUUCCAAGCGCACACACAUGAAGGCACUCACAGUCUCUCACAUACUGCACACCUGCGUGCACCCAUCCACCACGGCAGGUUCUUUCUAGAUCAUUUCCUGACAGAAGGGCCUUCCUCCAGGCCACUGAGGAAGCAUGUCGUCCACUGUGGCUCUGCCUAACUCAGAGUCCACGGGUGGCCAACUUGCUGUCGGUUGAGGGACCUAGGGACUAGGGAGAAUAAAGCCUUUUGUAAAUUUUUCAUAGGGAGGCAACAAUCUGAACUCCCCUGGCCAGCUCACAAAAGUUAAUUAUUCAUUAUUCUACAAAUGCAUUCUGUUGAGUACUAAAUAUUUUAGAUGGUUUUACGUUAACAUUGUGUUAGCUUUUGUUUCAUGGAUAGUAACUGGUCAGGAUAUAUUUUAAUGAUAUUUGGAGCUAAUCUUAGCAUUGAAGCCACCGAUGUAAUUAAUGGUGUGCAGUUAUUAAAAAAAAACUACAGAUCAUUUCAUUAUUUUGUUGAUUUUGGUAAUUAUGAAAUAUAUGUCUGAGAUUUGGGGGGUAGUCACAUUAAUAGAAGAUCAAUAAGAAGAUGUAAGUAGACAAUCUUUCUACUGAAUUUUUUUUUGCUUUUGCUUUGCUUUGGGUUUAUGAACAGAUUUUUUUGGAUAUAUGCAUGUUAUCAAUUUUUGAAUAGUUCUUAUGCUACUGCAAAGAUCUAUUGUUAGCUAAUAUAUGAGUUUAAGAAGGAAAAGUUAGAAAAUCUGUUCAUUAAGAUUCUGUUUACACUUGUCAGAAAUAAGCAUUUCUUUGUUUAAUUAAAGAUUGCCAGCUUUCAUUAAGAAACCCGUCCGUAAAUGAAUAUAUGUUUUGAUUUAACACAUCUUUACAAUUAAUUCAUACUAGGGACUCAGGCUCAAAUAACCUUUCCUGUGUCUAGAUUCAUAAUCAAGACAGCAGGGAGACUUUUUGAGCUAAAGAGUGAGUAUCUUUCACAGUAGAACUAGAAACAAAAGCCCUAACUUGUGAAUUUGCUAUUUAUUCUUCCCUAAGUGGGCAUAAUUGUUGUUUGGUCUUGAACAGAUAUAUUGAGGUUUGGGUUUCAUUUUCUAUAAGUCCCAAUAUUGCUAAAGUGAUACUAGCUGUAAGAAACAAAAGAUACCUUUACAUCUGAAUGCCAUUCACUUAUUUAUAAUGAUUCCUUUUUGGUAAACAACUGUUUCCUUUGAUUAUGUCAACGUGUUUCUGAUGUGGCAUUUUUUGUUUUUAAUCCCAAUCAGUUAGGAAAACCUAGUCAGCAAGCACCAAGAAUAUUUUUCCCACAACUAAAUGGUUUCUAAUUUAAUUUGAAAGGAAUAAAAUUUGUGUAAGAAAAAAAGUGUUUCACAUGAAUAAACUAUAUUUCUUCUUACACAAUGAACUGUAUCGUUUUCAUAUCCAUUUCCCCACCACUAAAAGAAUCUUAUUUCACAAUAUUUUAACUGAUUUUUAAUCCAAAACUAAUUUAUAAGACAGUAUGUAUAGUAAUAGUAGCUUGAGUGAAUAUGCAAAAGUUUAAUUUUUAUAUAUGUCAUACUAUAUUUUAAAUAGUUAAAAAAAGACAAAAGAAGGGAGAGCCAUCUAUGAUAUAGAUGGUACCAUUUCAGUUCAAAGUUGUAAUAAUCUCUGGAGUGUUACAGUUUGGUUGUCAAAUGGUUUCAGAGUGUAUAAUUAAUUUUUUUUAAAUGUUGCAUUGUUUGAAUCUAAAGUACAGCACUAUAACAUGCUUUUAGCUUGGGGGGGGUGGGGGGUGGGGACUUGCACUUAUUCUCUAAAAUGUUGACUAAUCCAUAAAGCCUGAUGCAACAUAACCUGGAAAACUGCUUUGGUACAUUUGUAGAAACCUGUAGAAAUAUCAUAUCCAGCCUCAAAGCAUUAAUCUCAAAAAACAGCCAGAAAAAGCAUCACCUUGAGUGAUCCUGUGAUGGUUGUUGAAUGUGUUCUCAUUAGAUGCUUUGAAAUGAGGCUUAAAAUAAUUUUUCUGGGCAAUAUAGUGUUUCUUUUUUUGCUUAGAAUGUCAUAAAUACAUGUGAACAUGUUUAAUGCAGGGCUUUUUAUCCUCUCCAAAAUGUCAACAGUAUUUUCAGAAUAAAGACUAUGAAAUAUAUUGCUGUAGUGGAAAAUUCUGGUCCUUUGUCAUUAAUGUCUUUUUCAGUGGAUAAAGAAAAUUCACCCGGUUUGUAGUUUCUAUAUUUACGUGAAUCUUUGACCUUGCAAUGGGUUGCAAUAAAAGAGGAACAAAACA